AUGGUCAACCAUGGCCCCUCAAAGGGCUGCUCGACAUGUCGCAAACGACGCGUAAAAUGCGACGAGGACAGGCCAAGCUGUCGUGAAUGCCUCCGGCUGGGACGGGAGUGUGGAGGUUACGAAUCAGAGAAGAAAAAGACGGGCGGGAUUCGGUUCAAGGACCAGGGCACUCACACUGUGGCUGCAAGGCGCCGCCUUUCGCCGACAUCACGGUCUAGGAGGAGUCCUCGCAUGUUGUCGACAACGCCAGAAUGGACAAAGCAGACUAUCGUACCAUUACCAGCAACGAUCACCCCCAGCGACGACUCAUUCGCCGUCAAUUUCUUCCUCACCUCGAUCGCGGGCCUAGGCCGCAGCUUCAACUCAACCCAGGGCUUCCUCGAGCCUCUUUUCCCCGUCGUAACCAAGGAGCACCCGGACUCAGUCCUCUCCACCGUCCUGGUCGCCGUGUCAACCAAGCUCUGGAGGAUGUGGAAAACUCCAACAACAACAACAACAACAACGAACAGCUAUCAAACACCUCAUCCUCCGUUUACCAAGGCAUUACGUCGCCUGCGAGCAUCGCUCGAUGACCCCCUCGAGCGGUCAAAGGACAGUACCGUGCUCAGCGCGAUCCUGAUGCAUUUCUAUGAGAGCCUUGCUGCUCGAUCGACGCACCAGCGUACCAUGCGUGUUCACCAGGACGGGGCUCGGGCGUUGCUUGAACAUCCACAUGGCGACCAUGGCGCCGGGAGCGGGAGUGGGGGCGUGGUCCCGGAGGAUUCGGAGUGCCGCGCGUAUUUGAGAGGUUACCUGCGGCACUGCGAUGUGUCGACAUAUAUGGAAGAGCAACCGGAUGAUACCUCCAGUCUGGAUGUUUGGAUCGAUGCGGCUGUGGGGUGGGAUGAUUCUAUGCCAGCUAAUGCUAGUCCGAAUGCGGUCUUGGACAUGAUCGGGCUCUCGAUUGCCGGUUUACAAAAGAGAUUAUCCAUCCUCGUGAGCGCCAAAACCAAUAGCUUGGUGGAUGGUCAGGCCCUCGCGACUUGGUGGCAGGACGUGUUGUCCGUGGAUGCACAACUCUUGGAUUGGGUUCAGUUGGUGCCGGCCUCAUGGCAGCCUUGUAUAAAAUCCGAACAAGACGACACCUUGGCUUACUACGGGUUCUGCGAUGUGUACCCGACCGUCCAGAUUGCCACCAUCUGGAAUGUAUGGCGUGUUUGCCGGCUCAUGGUCCUGCGGAUGCAGCUUAGUCUGCUUGCGAAAGCACCCCCUGAGGCGCUGCAGCAAAUCAUGUCGAUGGCUAGUACCAAGGGCAAGGAAUGCAGUUUCCCAGAUCCCAACCGCGGAAGAGAGUUGGUGGACUCCAUCUGCCGGUCCAUGCCGUUUUACCUGGGCAACCGGCAACAUCACAGAGGCAUGCACGACUUGACGGACCCAGAGAUCAGAUUCCCUAGCUACCACGGCCAAGACUUGGACGAAGCAGGGGAUCAGGCGAUGAAUCUCUUCGAUUACAAGCGACAUAUCCUAGUUCAAGGCCCUUCACACGCAUUGCUCCACUUGAAUAGCCUGGUCAAAGUGCUGUCAAAGGAGGGCGGAGACCUCAUCUGUCGUGGGUUACGUAGGGGGCAAGUCGACUGGAUACGGGAACAGUAUCUCAGGGUCUGUGAACUUAAUAAUCCGGGUAGUCGGUUUAACUUGUAG